AUGGAGAAACUCUGUGAAUGUAAUAAUGAAUGUGGGAAGGAGAAACUCUAUGAAUAUAAUAAUGAAUAUGGGACACCUUCCAAUUUAAGUCGGCCCUCAAUGAUUAUCAGAGAACAUAAAAAUACAGGGGGAAAGAGCCCUAAAAUUAUAAUAAAGCAUAUCUUCAACAAGCAGGCAGAGAAAAUUGAGGAAGUGAAAAAGGAGGUGGCGUUUUUUAACAACUUCCUCACUGAUGCCAAGCGCCCAGCUCUGCCUGAGAUCAAGCCAGCCCAACCACCUGGCCCUGCCCAGAUACUCCCCCCAGGUUUGACCCCGGGACUCCCCUACCCACACCAGACUCCCCAGGGCCUGAUACCCUACCGUCAGCCCCAGCCCCCGAUCUUGGGCUACGGAGCUGGUGCUGUCCGCCCUGCAGUCCCCACAGGAGGCCCUCCAUACCCCCAUGCCCCAUACGGUGCUGGUCGAGGGAACUACGAUGCCUUCCGAGGCCAGGGAGGUUAUCCUGGGAAACCUCGCAACAGGAUGGUUCGUGGAGACCCAAGGGCCAUUGUGGAAUAUCGGGACCUGGAUGCCCCAGACGAUGUUGAUUUCUUUUGAGCCGUCCACCGUUCCUCACUCCUGCAUCAUCCAUACUCGUGACUACUUUGUCCCAUCCAGCUCUGAGAAUUUUUUGUACGAUCAGCCUUACUGCCAAUAAAAGCACUUCCACAGGG